UUGUUAUAUUGGUUCCAACAAGGGAGUUAGCUUUGCAAACAUCUCAAGUAUGCAAAGAACUUGGAAAGCACUUGAAAAUUCAAGUGAUGGUUACAACUGGUGGUACUAGCCUGAAAGAUGAUAUCAUGCGCUUAUAUCAACCAGUUCAUUUACUAGUUGGGACUCCUGGAAGGAUAUUAGAUCUCGCUAAGAAGGGUGUUUGCGUUCUGAAAGAUUGCGCAAUGCUUGUUAUGGAUGAGGCCGAUAAGCUUUUGUCCCCAGAAUUCCAGCCUUCUAUACAGCAGCUGAUUCAUUUUCUUCCUUCACACCGACAAAUUCUGAUGUUUUCAGCAACAUUUCCUGUUACUGUAAAGGAUUUCAAAGAUAGGUAUCUUCAAAAGCCAUAUGUCAUUAACCUUAUGGAUGAGCUAACUUUGAAGGGUAUCACACAGUAUUAUGCAUUUGUCGAAGAGAGACAGAAGGUUCACUGCCUGAAUACACUGUUUUCUAAGUUGCAAAUAAACCAGUCAAUCAUCUUUUGCAAUUCGGUGAAUCGUGUUGAACUCCUUGCAAAAAAAAUCACCGAGCUUGGAUAUUCGUGUUUCUAUAUUCACGCAAAGAUGUUGCAAGAUCAUCGUAAUAGAGUGUUUCAUGACUUCCGCAAUGGCGCAUGCCGUAAUCUUGUUUGUACUGAUCUUUUUACUAGGGGAAUAGACAUUCAAGCAGUCAAUGUUGUUAUUAAUUUUGAUUUUCCCAAGAAUUCAGAAACUUAUCUCCACAGGGUCGGUCGCUCAGGGAGGUUUGGGCAUCUUGGUUUAGCAGUUAACUUGAUCACUUAUGAGGAUCGCUUUAAUUUAUAUAGGAUUGAACAAGAACUUGGAACUGAAAUAAAGCAAAUUCCACCACAUAUUGACCAGGCAAUUUAUUGCCGGUGACUGGUGACGACAACUCGGCUCGUUUUUACAACUGGAGAAUAGCAACGGUUGAAGUGACUGUCACCCAAGUAGGUACAUAUUCUCUGGUAUGACAGGAUGCUGUAUGAAAAUUGGGUUUUUUUUGGACCCUUAGUUUGAAUGCUUUUUCAUUAUUAGGACCUUCAGAAAGAGUUUAAUAUUAGCCUUUUAACUGGCAGAUAUUUUGCUGGGUCCAGUUUGGGUUUCCCUUAAUUUCAUUUUCAGAUGUGUUUGUUGCUAAUACUAGUACUGUAGUUUCUUUUUUUCUUUUUGUGUUUUUUAUUUUCGGUGGAUGAACGUUUAGGGGGUGUACCUUAUACCUUGUUAUGAAUAAAGGGAUCCCUAUGGUAUUCUACUUUGUGGUUACCAUUACGGAUUCUUUUGGAGUUUUCAGACAUUUGUUAUUCAUAUUAUGUUUAGAUGUUACAUGGAUCAUUGGCAUUCUAAGAUGGUACAAUUUGUUA